UUAGUAUCACCACAGCCGCAACGAGACGAGUAACAAUCUCCCCGUUUAAUGUAUUAUCCUACUUCCAACACAUCCAUUGAUUCUUCAGCUGAAGUUUGAAUUGGGAUCGGGUUCCAUUAUCCAACUCUAAACGACGGACGGUUUUUUUUCCAACUGCAAUUUCCUGUCCUUCAUAUUGGAGGGAAGAUAUGGAGGCGUUUCUGGCGGCGUCACCGGUUCUUGCUAAGUUCAGUGGGUGAAUCCAGCGAAUAACUGGUGGGCAUACCGGGCAAGUGUGUUUUGGCAGAUUCUUUGUCGUGUGUGGGUAGAGGACUUAUAAUUUGAUAAGUUCAGAUGGUGUUUGCUUGAAUUCGAGGAGUCAUUCUGGUGAACAAGUGUUGUGCAUUGCUGAAGCGUUUGCGGGCUUCUGUAAUCUGCCCAUUGCAGCAGGGAUGCUCCUUCGCGUGGCGUCUUUUCCAACUAAAACCUUAAUCCUUCUCCCCUUCUUCUGCAAGAGCUCUAAUGUGCUGUUUGUCCACUCCAAACGCUGCAUUUAUCUUUCGCGUAACUAUACUUCGAUGACAAUUAUAUUUAAUGCCCAAAAACAGCCCAAGAGUCUCGGUUCAAUGGCGAGAAAGACAACCCAUUUUUCCACCACCUCGGCUGAAGCUCUCCUCCAGUCCUCUAAAAAUAUGGGGAGUCGAAUAUCCAGGAAAAAAGCGCGUCGGGAGUCCCCGGAAAUGAUUCUCCGUGUGAAACUGGAUACAUGUUCGAAGAACGGUGACUUGGCUGAGGCCCUUCACCUUUACAAUGAGGCCAGGGCCAACAGUGUUCAGCUUAAUGUGCAUCAUUACAAUGUAUUGCUUUAUUUGUGUUCUCCAAAGAGUGACAAUGGCGAGGAGGAUGGAGAAGACUCUGUAAGGUUGGAUAACGGAUUUCAGAUUUUUAAGCAAAUGCGCAUUGAUAAAGUGGAGCCGAAUGAGGCGACAUUCACCAACGUAUCAAGGUUGGCAGCCGCAAAAGAGGAUCCCAAAUUGGCUUUUGAUUUAGUUAAGCAAAUGAAGGAUCAUGGAAUUGUUCCAAAGUUGAGGUCGUAUGGGCCAGCAUUAUUUGGGUUCUGUAAGAAGGGGAUGGCUGAUGAGGCAUAUGAAGUGGAUUCCCAUAUGAUAGACAAUGGUGUCUUGGCUGAGGAGACUGAGCUCUCUGCACUCCUCAGACUUAGUUCUGAAGUAAAGAGGGAGGGGAAAGUGUAUGAAAUGAUGCAUAGGUUGAGGGCCACAGUGAGACAGGUAUCAGAAGAGACUGCAUCUACCAUAGAGGACUGGUUUAGGUCAAAAAGGGCUGCUGAAGUUGGGGCUGAGAAAUGGGAUGUGAGAAAGGUGAAGAAAGGGGUUUUGGAGGGAGGAGGUGGAUGGCAUGGCCAAGGUUGGUUGGGGAAAGGGACUUGGACGGUGAUGAGGACCAGGAUGGAUGAGACUGGAGUGUGCCAGUCGUGUGGGGACAAACUUGUUUGCAUUGAUAUUGAUCCCGAGGAGACAGAGAAUUUUGCAAAGUCCCUGGCUAAAUUGGCCAGUGAGAAAGAAGCUAGAACCAACUUCGCUAAAUUCCAGGAGUGGCUUCAGCGGCAUGGUCCAUUUGAUGCUGUAGUUGAUGGUGCGAAUUUGGGCCUUGCUAAUCAACAUACUUUUAGCUUCCCUCAGAUCAUGAGAGUUGUGAACCAAUUGCGUCAAAUCAGCCCAACAAAGAAAUUUCCUCUUGUUGUUCUACACCAGAGCCGAGUAAGUGGUGGUCCUGCUCAACAUCCUAAUAACAAAAAAUUGUUGGAAACCUGGAAAAGGGCUGGUGCACUUUAUUCGACGCCACAGGGUUCAAACGACGACUGGUAUUGGUUAUAUGCUGCUGUCAGUUCAAAGUGUUUGCUGGUGACAAAUGAUGAGAUGAGGGAUCACUUGUUCAAUCUUUUAGGCAAUAGUUUUUUUCCUAGAUGGAAAGAAAAGCAUCAGGUCCGGAUAAAACCUUCUAGCAAUGGGCUCAUUUUGCACAUGCCACCACCAUAUUCACUUGUCAUCCAGGAGUCAGAACGAGGUAGUUGGCAUAUACCAACUGUAACAGGAGAUGAUCUUGAGACUCCAAGACAAUGGGUUUGUGCCACAAGGAUGUGAUUGCAUGAAUAGGCUCUAUCGCAGGGAGGAUGAGAUGAACAUAGCGAGGCUGAGGGGAAUGUGUCCAACCAUUACAUUUUGGAGAUUUAGUUGGAAAAAGCCUCCUGCAUUCCCAUUGACAUCAGUAAGUUGUAAAAUUAGGAUAUUAUUUGCCUUUGACAGGCCAAUUCUUGUACGAGUAUAGAUGGAGUUCAGGCAACAAAUUUUAUACUGAAUUUUGGAUACGAACAUAGUGAGAAGCCAUAUUUAUCUUGUUCGAGCUCAGGCGACAAAUUUUAUACUGAAUUUUGUAUACAAACAUAGUGAGAAGCCAUAUUUAUCUUGUUCGAGCCCUGUUGUGAUAUCAAAUAUUCCUUUUAUCAACUGAUGAAGUUGAAUAAAGUUAUU